ACGGAGCGAGAUGGAUCGUCACACCGCGUUUGGAGGAAUUGGUGACUUGAUAGGCAUAUUUUGGAUUCUAGAGUCUCUAUACUUUAGACUUACAUGGCACGUACCUUCACAGAUUACAGGCGCUUAUUUACGUCGGUUAGUGUAUAACUGCGGGUGGAAAACGAGGAAAUGCAAACUCCACACACACAGCGAAGAUGGGAUUUGAAAUAUCGGUUCAUCUGGGAAAGUAACAUAAAUCCACUAUAUUAAAUAUUAUUAUGUCGAUUUCAGGAGUUUAAUUACAAGGAUAAAAAAGCAGCAUAACGGAGGAAGAAGCUCUACCAGACACAAUGCCCGGUGAAGUUUCUAAGGACGAGGUGUACGCGAAUUCCUAUAUCAACGACGCCUUCCUGGAAGACGAGAAUCCCAGAGAGGAUGAGAAGGACCCCCCACCUCCGGAGGAGCCGACUCCGGCGUCAAAUGAAAAAGGAUUGUUUAGAAGAAAAAAAAAGGAACCAAAGGAACCAGCGAAGCUGGUUGGAUUUUUCCAAUUAUACCGCUUUGCCAAACCUCUGGAUAUUAUUUUAAUGAUUGUGGGGCUAAUCUGUGCCGCAGCCAAUGGGGUCGCUCUGCCGCUCAUGUGUGUGGUCUUUGGCCAGAUGACGGACAGCUUCGUCCAGAGCGGUCAACCCUUAAACCUUACAGCUUCAGGCAAUUUUACUCCCAGUUAUGCCAGCUCUGACAAUUGUCCUACCAUGCCUGGAGUGGAUAUCGAAUCCAUGAUGGCUAAUCGUGCCUAUUACUUUGUGGGGAUUGGAGUAGCAGUACUCAUUCUUGGAACAUUUCAAGUCAUGCUUUUCCUGCUGGCAGCUACCAGACAGACAAAAAGGAUCCGUGAGAGAUACUUCCAUUCAGUGAUCCACCAGCAAAUGGGAUGGUUUGACACACAUCAGAUCGGAGUGCUAAUUACCAGACUGACAGAUGAUAUUAACACAAUCAACGAUGGGCUGGGAGACAAGAUCUGUUUGUUUGUGCAGUUUUUCUGCACAUUCAUUGCUGGCCUCAUCAUUGGGUUCAUCAAUGGUUGGAAGCUGACCCUUGUCAUCCUAGCAGUCAGUCCACUUCUUGCUGGAUCUGCUGCAGUCUGGUCCAAGAUCAUUGCCUCCCUGACCAGUAAGGAGCUUUCAGCAUAUGCCAAGGCAGGAGCAGUUGCUGAGGAAAUUCUUGUGGCUAUCAGGACAGUCGUGGCUUUCAAUGGGCAGAAGAAAGCAGUGGAGAAGUACGAAUCUAACUUAGAGGAGGCCAAAAAUUUUGGGGUGAAGAAGGCCAUCACAACCAAUGCGGCAAUGGGACUCACUCAGUUCAUUAUAUUUGGGACGUACGCCCUGGCCUUUUGGUAUGGAACAAAGCUUGCAGUCGACGAACCUGAAAACUACUCCAUUGGACAAGUUCUCACUGUGUUUUUUGUUGUGAUGAUCGGUGCAUUUUCUCUGGGUCGAGGAACUCCAAACUUGGAGAGCGUAGCCAAGGCUCGUGGGGCGGCCUAUGAGAUCUACAAGACCAUCGACCUGCCGCGUCCGAUUGACAGCAGCUCAAAGGAAGGUCACAAGCCAGAAACGGUGAAAGGAGACAUAGAAUUCAAGAACAUUCACUUCAGCUACCCAUCCAGGAAGGAUGUGAAAAUCCUACAGGGUGUGAAUCUGGUGGUCCCUCGUGGAAAGACCAUUGCCCUAGUGGGAGCCAGUGGCUGUGGAAAGAGCACCACCAUCCAGCUUCUGCAGCGCUUCUAUGACCCAGAUGCUGGAGAGAUCACUCUGGAUGGCCAUGACAUCCGCACGCUCAAUGUGAAAUGGCUGAGGGAGAACAUCGGCAUUGUCAGCCAGGAGCCUGUGCUCUUCGGAACCACGAUUGCUGAAAACAUCCGCUACGGCUGGGAGAACGCCACGGACGAGGACAUUGAGCGUGCCGUGAAGGAGGCCAACGCCUACGAGUUCAUAUCUAAACUCCCUGAUAAGAUGAACACGAUGGUCGGGGAACGGGGGGCCCAGCUGAGUGGGGGGCAGAAGCAGAGGAUCGCCAUCGCCAGAGCCCUGGUGAAAAAUCCCAAAAUCCUGCUGCUUGAUGAGGCCACCUCUGCUCUGGACACUCAGAGCGAGUCUAUUGUACAGGCUGCCCUAGAUAAGGCACGGGCCGGCCGGACGACGAUAAUCAUCGCUCACCGCCUGUCGACUAUCAAGACGGCCGACAUCAUCGCGGGCUUCAGUGACGGUGUGGUGACUGAGCAGGGAACCCACAGCCAGCUCAUGGCCUUGAAGGGGGUCUACUACUCAUUAGUCAUGCAGCAGAAUUCAGGUAAAGCAGAAAAUGCAAGUGAGUCAAGUGAAGACGACUCGUUUGAUGAGGAUGUGGAGGAGGAGUCCAUUGAGGAGGGCCCAGUCUAUGCAGAAAUUCUAAACAAUGAUGUAGAAGAACAUGGCACAUCCCAGAACGUCUCUCUGAGGCAUACAGGCAGCUUCCGGCGGAGAUCUUCCAAGAAGAAGAAGAAGAAGAAGUUUCUCAAGAAACCUGCAGAUAAGGAGAAUAAGGAGGAAGAGAAGGUCCCAGAAGUUCCAUUCAAAAGAAUUUUAGCUUUGAAUAAGCCGGAGUGGCCUUAUUUGGUGAUUGGGGUGCUUGCCAGUUUAGUGGGCGGAGCCGUCUAUCCCUGCCUCGCUAUUGUCUUUGCAAAAAUAAUUGGGGUCUUUGCUGAAACUGACCCGGAAGUGAAACGUCAGAAAACCCUGAUGUUUUCAUUGCUUUUCCUUCUGAUUGUUCAGGAAAUCGGCUGGUUUGAUGACAGCAGAAAUGCGGUGGGAGUUUUAACUACUAAACUGGCAACUGAUGCGUCACUGGUCAAAGGGGCAGCAGGAUCCAGACUUGGCCUGGCUACGAACACCAUAUGUGGUCUGACCAUCGCCAUCGUCGUGGCCUUCAUCUUCAGCUGGCAGCUCACACUCCUCAUACUCGCCUGCGUGCCUAUCCUCUCGGGGGCCAACUUCAUACAGAUGAGGGCCACUGGUGGCCAUGCUUCCAAAGACCAGAAAGCCCUGGAACUUUCUGGAAAGAUCUCCACAGAAACUGUUGAGAACUUCAGGACGGUUGUGUCUUUGUCACGAGAAGAAGUAUUUUUACAGAAAUUCAAAGAUAGUUUGAGUUACCCAUACAAGUCUGCGCUACAUAAAGCCCCCAUCUAUGGAUUGACCUACGCCCUUGCCCAGGCAAUUCCAUACUUUGUCAACGCUGCGAUUUUCCGUUUCGGCGCGUGGCUUAUAGCGCAUUGCUACACGCAGUACGAGAAUGUUUUUCUUGUGUUCUCCGUCAUUGUCUUUGCUGCCAUGAACAUUGGACAGUCCUCCAGUUUUGCUCCAGAUUUUGCGAAGGCAAAGGCAUCUGCACAGCGAAUAUUAGCCUUGCUGGAGAGGAAGCCUGAGAUCGACAUUUACAGUGAGAAGGGCGACAUGCCUGUAAACUGCACGGGGAACAUUGAGUUCCAUGACGUCCAGUUCAUGUACCCGACCAGGCGGAACGUGAAAGUGCUGCAAGGCCUGAAUGUGUCUGUAAGCUCGGGCCAGACUCUGGCCCUGGUUGGUGGGAGUGGCUGUGGGAAAAGCACUUCUAUACAGCUGCUGGAGCGUUUCUACGACGUCGCUUCUGGACACGUGUCUCUGGACGGGCACGACAUCAAGACCCUGAACCUGGCCUGGCUGCGCUCUCAGCUGGGCCUGGUGUCUCAGGAGCCCAUCCUGUUUGACUGCAGCAUUGCUGAGAACAUCCAGUAUGGCGACAACAGCCGUCACGUCUCCCAGAUGGAGAUUGAGGAAGCGGCCAAGAGUGCCAAUAUCCAUACCUUUAUCCAGAGUCUUCCAGAGACAUACAGCACCAGGGUAGGGGACAAAGGUGCCCAGCUGUCUGGGGGGCAGAAGCAGAGGAUUGCUAUCGCCCGGGCACUAGUGCGUCACCCAAAGGUGUUGCUGCUGGACGAGGCCACCUCCGCACUGGACACCGAGAGCGAAAAGAUCGUGCAGCAGGCUCUGGACAAGGCGCGGCUCGGUCGCACCUGUGUGGUCAUCGCCCACCGUCUCUCCACCAUCCAGAACGCAGACACCAUCGCCGUCAUCCAGAAUGGAAGGGUGGUCGAACAAGGAACGCACAGCGAACUCAUGCAGAGAGAGGGGGCCUAUUACGCCCUAGUAAAUGCCCAGGUGUCUCACUGAGGCGAAUGUCUCUGCUGCUUCUCAUUGCCCAGAAGUUAGCUGUGACCCAAAUAUUAUAAUGGAUAACUUGCCAAAGUAUUAUUUAUCGUUGUUUUAACCACUGAACGUGGGGUGCAGUACACAACAUAGAUAUGUAUUCUGACAGACUCUCCAGUGUAACGACGAUAGGCUGAUUUUGAAGGAAUUACACACCAGUGAGAAUGAUGUACAAACAAUAAGGUGUAAUCGAUAGCCAUGCUCUGUACUGACUGGUGAUUCUGAAACUUUCAUUCAGACAUAACUAUCACACUGUAACAUUAAUGUAUUCUGUUGCAAUAUCAUGCAUUAUUUAAAUUUGGAGUUGGAGUUUUACAUGAGAUAUAUGCCAUUAAUUUCCUUUGUGUGAUUAAAAAAAAAACAAUGAGGGGA